CUGGCGCUUCUGGACCGGCUGCACGGCAGCGGCGGCGCGGCGGCGGCCGCCACCGACGCCGCCUCGCCCUCGUCCCCCGUGGCGACGCUGCUGCGGGCGGCCAGGAGCGCGGGCAGCCUCACUUGGGUGGGUGCUGCUGCCGCUGGGGACAGCAGCGGCGCGAAUUCUGCCGGCGGUGGCGGCGGCGCCGCCGCCGGUGGUGCCAUGGUGGUGGGGCUCAGCGAGACGCAGCUGGCGGCGCACCAGCGGGAGCGCGGCCUGCUGCUGCUGCAGCGCCUGCUGCUGCUGGCGCUGCACCACUCGCCGCCGCAGGCGGCGCAGCAGGCGGCGCAGCAGGCCGCCGAGCUGCUGCCGCUGCUGCUGGCCGAGGCGAGCGCUACUGCAGGGGACGCGGCGGCAGUCGAGGCGGCGGUGCCCCGCGUGCACCUGCUGCUGGCAGCCAUCGUGCAGUGCUACCGCGGCAUCGCCGCCAGGGCAGCUGCCGCGAAGCUGCAGGAGCAGCUGCUGCCCCUGCAGCUGCAGCAGCGCCUGGAGGCUUGCGUGGUGGCUGCCAACGCGGUGGUCGCCGCGGCGCCGACGGCCUUUGGGCUGCUGCCUGGCGAAGGUCCCUCGGCCCAGCCGCAGUCCCCCGGCGGAGCCCAGAGCCAGCCUGCAGGCCAGCAGCAGCCGCAGCGGGCAAUGCAAGAGAUGCUGCCGCUGCUGCAGCCGCGGCUGGUGGCGUCGGCGGCGCGCCAGCAGCUGCUGUUCAUGCGGCACUGCGCGGGGCUGCACGCGGCAGCUGCCCCGCAGCUGCAGCAGGGCCUGAUCGAGGCGGCCGCCGCGCAGCGCCACGCCGCCGCCGCCGCCGACGAGGCCAGCCGGCAGUGGCUGGGCGUGCUGCUGGCGGCCGACCGCUUGCGCCGCGCCGCACGGCGCCAGGCCGAAGACGAGGCCGGCCAGCAGCGGCGGCGGCAGUGGCGGGACCUGCGCCGCGCUCUGACCAGCGGGCGGGGUCUGUGGGCUGAGGAGGAGCGUCCCGAGGACCUGCACUGGAAGCUGGACGCUGUCGAGGACCCGGCGCGCCGCCGCCUGCGCCUGCGCCGCAACUACCACUUCCAGCG